AUGGAUGGCAGUGGAACGUCUGGUAUGAACUCAGACUAUGAAAACUGGGGUGAUACCCCUGACGACCCCCAAUAUUGUGCCACUGAAGUACCUGACAAUGAGUAUGACGAGGAAACGAACACGGAACCAGACUAUGCUGAAAUCUUGAAUCUUUUCGAGAGUCUAUUUAGGGUGAUUGAAGAACUUCACUUUAACAUACAACAAGCUUCUCGAAUUGAUUGCAUAGGUUUCAUUGAUGGUACACAUAUAAUGGCCUGCGUAACCAAGCACAACGUGGUGCCAUUUAUCGGUCGCAAAAAAACCCCGACACAGAAUGUUAUGUGCGUGACAGACUUCGACCUUUGCUUCACGUUCAUUUGUAGUGGGUGGGAGGGCAGUGCGCACGAUUCACGAAUUUUCACAUCCACUAUAAACGAUCCCGUGAUGCGUUUCCCAACACCGGCCGAAGGAUUUUAUUAUUUGGUGGAUUUUGGAUAUGCUUGCUCUAAGGGGUUCUUGCCCCCGUACCGCAACGAACGAUACCACCUACAAAACUUUCGUGGCGGUGGAGCCCAACAUUGGAGGAAGGAAGAGUUGUUUAACCAUAGACACUCUUCACUACGAUCGGUGGUGGAACGAACUUUUGGGAUCUGGAAGAAUCGAUUUAAGAUUUUAGAAAAUAUGCCACCAUACGAAAUCCCAGCACAACGUUUAAUGGUGAUUGCAUGUUGCACUGUCCACAACUUCAUCCGCAAGGAUUGUGCAGACAUUGAUCCAUUAUUUAGUUUCGCUCUGCAGGAGAUGUACGGUGAAUCUUGGAUCGAUGUAUCGCAACGGGCUCUUAUGCCAGGUGUAUCGUACGUAUCACCUGGACAACGACCUGAUCAAUCCGAGGCUGGCACAAGGUUCAUGGGGAUGUACCGGAAUUCAAUGUGUUAUGAUAUGUGGCGCGCGGUUAAUGGCGACUAA